AUGCCGUUAAAUUGGGAAGUCAGACAACAAAUAGUGUUCGGAGCAGCGAAAGCAGUAGCGUCAAUUCACAGUCGAGGUCUUCUCUGCGGGAUGCUAAAAUCAUCUAACUUUCUAAUACAAAGCGACUUCUCACCUCGUCUUUCCAGCUAUGAAACAUCGUAUCUUAUCUCUACUUCCAUGAUUAUUAGAAGAAACUGUGGUCGAAUGGUGCCUAAAUUAAAACGAACACGAAGUAUUUCAAAGUCCUUUAGUCACACAUCGGAUGUUUACAGUUUUGGGAUUUUGAUAUUGGAGAUUAUCACUGGAAAGAAACCUUCGGUGACUAAUUUAGGGCAGUAUGUAAUGGAGAAAAGAAAGAGAGAAGGGUUGAAAGGUGUUCCCGAUAGACGAAUGUUUGGUGUUGAAGAAAAUAUUUCCGCCUCCAGCAUGAUUAUGAUCGUGGAGAAAAAACAAGAAAGGAACAAGGUUGGGGAAGACGGUUUGGUGAGUGCACCAAAAGAACUCAAUAGUCCAUCACAUGCCCAACAAUACAAAAAUCAUCAUCAAAAUCAAGAUCCCAUGAGCCAUUUCUUGAAUUCCAAUCCCAAUUGUCUCUCAUUUUCUUUUGGAAAUGAUGCUUCGUUGGCGUUUGAUCCUUCUUCCCAACAAAGGUUGUUUAGUAGCAUGGAUAACAUCUAUUGCAUAUUUUUGGGAGGUCUAGACAACUUGUGCACUCUUAACAAGCAAUAUGGGCUAACAAAGCAAGUCAAUGAGCCCAUGUUUGUGAUCCAGGCUUACAAGACUCUUCGUGAUCGUGGCCCAUACCCGGCCCACUCAGUCCUCAGGGAGCUUGAGGGUAGUUUUGGGUUUAUACUCUAUGAUCUCAAGGCUAAAACUGUCUUUGUCUCACUUGGUGCCGAUGGAGGAGUGAAGCUUUUCUGGGGCAUAGCAGCCGAUGGCUCUGUUGUAAUUUCUGACAACUUGAUGGUCAUAAAGUCUAGCUGCUCAAAAUCAUUUGCGCCAUUCCCAUCUGGGUGCAUGUAUCAUACAGAAGGGGGAUUAAUGAGCUUUGAGCAUCCAAAGAACAAAAUGAAGGCAAUAUCAAGGGUUGAUAGUGAAGGAGUGAUGUGUGGUGCUACAUUUAAAGUUGAUGUGUAUUCAAAGACCACACAAGCAAUGCCUAGGGUUGGAAGUGAAGCUAAUUGGGCUACUUGGGGAUAAGGAUCAUGAUAAUUUCCUUUUGACUUUUUGAUUUUUAUUGUAUAGAAUAAUCAAAUUCUGAUUGUUGACUUUCACUGUAGAUUUGUCUUUUUGGAAAAAAUGUACUUUUAUAGUCCUAUGUCUUUUAAUAAACUAUUAAGAAAAUUACAUGUUUGGUCAUUGUCGGAUGAUGUAAUUAACGAGUGUAAAUACGUAAAACAAUACAACUAACGAGUGUAAAUAUGUAAAUUAAUAAGAAAAUAUCUCACUAAAUAAUGAUGAUAUACAA